UCUUGCCCACUGUACAAAUCGAACGUCUCGACAUAAUUACCUGAGCUUUAUAACCAGUUUGGACAUCACGAGAUCGAGUAAUUUUUUGCUUAAAAACAGCCGCCGGGAUUGAUGACUUCAAUCUCUUUUGCAGUCGCUUCCCGCCGAGUUGCUUCUACAUGUAAUAAACACUUCAACGCCGGGAGCUGAGUUACAGAUUGAUAUAUCCUUCGUUUACUGACAUAUUUCAUACCUUUACACUGGCAGCGAAAAAAAAUUAAAAGACCGGAAACUACAAUAAUCGGGCUCAGACUGUCUUAAUUUUGUUUCUCUAUCUCGUCUUUUUUUUCAUAAUCCAAAUUGGACUUGACGUUAGCGCUUUUUCUAGACAAAGCAACCAUUGUACUGUUGAUGCUACAUGCAGGAUUGUACUACAAUCUGAACUUGACAGAAUUGUUUAUUUCUAUACAAAAUUUACAAUAUUUCGUGAUUUCUUCAAGUGGGCCGGUCUGUUAUCGAGUAUGGGGCAAGGUCCGUAUGCAGUCGUCCCGGAAACAGCCAUGAGGGAGGAGCCUGAGCCGGAGCCUGAGGACGCAAGGAAGGUUCACUUUUCGGUUGUCUUCUCGGCUCUGUUAGAGGGCGGUGAUGAAGCACAGCGAAUUCCUUUCGAAAGAGCCCUCUCCGAGAGUUCAGAAUCUACCUAUGACACCGUGGCAAACGAGUUCCGUUGUACCAUACCAGGAUCGUACUUCUUUACAUUCACAAUCCACCCGCAGGAGGACAAGGGGGCGUCGGUCUCGCUGAUGAAGAACGGUGUCGGACAGGUGAUGCUCUCCGCUGCCAGGAAGAAGCGAGUAUCAAACAGUGUGUGCUCCCAGUCCGCCAUCUUGGAUCUUGUAGAAGAAGAUAAGGUCUGGCUGCAGCUGGCUUCAGGGAGUGAGUAUGGGAUCAGGAGUCAUCCCGGUGUACCCAUGGUGACGUUCACAGGGAUCAUGGUCAACUAGACCUUUCUUCGACUCGUUCCGGUGCCAAUUUACGCGAAAAAUAUAGCCUGUUUUAAAUAUUUCAGUUUUGUAAGGAGCUUUCCUAAAGUCGCAUCUCACUGUUUCCAGCGACCAUAAUAAUUAACAAGACCACUUUUUGGAUGUUAAGAUACCAAGACUUUAUGAAAUAAUUUUAUUUCAAUUUGCAGCUUGGCAUGUAGUCAACAAAUACUUUUUUAAUUUAAAAAAAUAAGAAAAGACAUGCAGAUGUAAUUACUGAACCCUUCGUAUAUAGUCAUAGUCUGUAGACCAAGACUAUGCGAUUUUAAGGAUAAUUGAGAGUCAAGAAAAUGAUAGAUAUUGUUAAUUUAUAGCUGCGGGUCGACUUGCAUAUUCCCUACCGUGUAUGAUUACGAUAUGUUGGACAUACCUGGUAUACUUCGCUACAUAUUUUGUUUUUGUAUGCUUGAUGAUGAUGAUGAUGAUGAUGAUGAUGAUGAUGAUGAUGAUGAUGAUGAUGAUGAUGAUGAUGGAGUCCUCAAUUCUUCCGAGCUUAUAUUAUUCUGUAUAGUCUCUCUUAGCUUGUUCAGGCUAUAGUAAACGUCGUUUGUUCAAGAAUAAUUGUAUAGCGAAAGGAGCGUACAGACUAAAUAACAUAAUUAUUUUGAUGAAAAUGCGUAGACAGGCGCCUACGUUAUCGACUUAUUGUACUCGAGCUUAUGUUAUGUUAUAUUUAAAUCGUUCAGCGUAAUAUGUAUUGAUUUCCGAAUUGAAACGAAAUUGAUCUUUUAUGUUAUGAAUAAAUAUGAAACUACUCUUGAUUCAUAUUUCUUCAGUUGCAUGUGACUGGAGAGAUGUAUGUCCGGUCAUGUCAUCCCUGGAUUUAAAAAAAAAACCAAAAAAAAUUAUUUCAUCAUGAUCUAGAAAAGAAUACGUCGCUGGUUUAGGGUGAUAAAGGAUAGCACGAUACGGCAUUAUUAAUGGAGUAGAUACGGGGAAAAGGGGCAUGUCGCCCCCCCCCCCAACAAAAAACAAAAAACAAAAAAAGAAUGACGCCAAAAGAAGAUAAAACAAGAGGGAAAUAAUAUAGAGGGUAACUUGGAACAAGAUAAUGUAGGACCUUCUUCCCCAUCUUCCCCUUAUCUUUGGCCUUGCUUGUUGCUUUUUUUUUCAUCAACCAGGGACCGGACCAUCCCCUUCCAAUGAUGCCAGUACCCUAUCCAUACCCAAACCUUCGAAACGCUAUUGGCCCGGUAUUUUAUUUGUUUAUGUAAUAUUUUGUAUGUAUCGGUUUCGCGUCAAUGUACUACCCUGUAUAAUGGGAAAGAGGGACAGUCAAAAUGUACUGCAUUCUCUCUAUUCAAUUCAACUUUACCAUUAAUUUUCAAAUUCUCAUCCUCGCCGGUUUCCUGCUUGACUUACCCUCAGUCUCAUUAUAAUUAAUUAUUGUUUAUAUUGUUGUAUGCCUCAAAGUUAUUUAACUUCAGGAGAUGUGUCGAGUCAGUCUUUUAAAGGUAGUCUGAAGGCUGAAAAUAUAAAAUGAUGUAAAUCCUAUGGUAAGCAAGAGAUAAUAUCAACUAAAAAUUCCUCUUUAAAAAUUAGAAUUGGUAAUUUCCUCUAUGAGGAAUUAUAUCGACUAUUAGGAGUUUUCACGAAAUAGGCCUAUUAUAGAGGGUAGUCUGAUUUUCAUAUCCUUGUACCGCAUAGCUGUACGUUUCAUGCUGAGUAAAGACUCGAUUAGUUUAGUUUUGGUCAUUAUAAGAAGCGGGUCAUUGAUGUGUGCCCUUUACAGCUAAUUUAAAAAGUCAGUCAGUCACUCAACAGUGUCUGACAGUGAAGACUAGAUAGUAAACGGUUUCCCUUGCAUAAGUAGGUCACUGCUAAGUUGCUAACGUUUAGAUGUCAGGACAUACGUGACAUACCCGUGACAUACUCAUGAUUCCUGCAAAGUUCUGCAGAGUUUGAUGUUGGCUGCAAAAGGGAUACACGAAUUGAAUAUUGUGGAUUCCAUUUUGUUUUCAGAUAAUACACUUCACUGGCCCUAUCGUCGAUUACGCAAUAUUUAAGAAGUAUCUGAAAUGCAUCUCUGUUAUUGUAGUUAUGUGCCUUUCUCCGUUAUAUCUUUGGAGAAUAUAACUAUGCUUUCAUAAUAUUUUUGUUGUUACAUGUAUGUUGUAAAAGCACAACAUAAUCACUAGGUCACUUACUGGUUUUAUGUAAGAAUAUAUUAUUGUUAUUUGUUAUAAUGACGUUAUGCAUCUUAAGAAAUCAUAUUUCCUGAGUGAGAAGUGUGGAAAAUAAACCCUCGCGUUGUGUUAAAAGA